AUGUAAAUAUAAUUAAUUUAAUAACAAAUUUACACAUGCAUACACAUUCAUUUACGCAUCUAUAUAUACAUACAUGAAUAGUUUUGUAUAAAGUCAUAAACUAUUGUAUAUGCUAGAACCAUUUUCAAUUAAGGUAUUUGAAUGCAAUCAUAAAAAAUAGAAAAAGAACAUCUGAAAUAUAAAAACAUAAUUUGUAUAGAUAAUUAAAAGUUUCAAGAUAUGUUUAGCAUUCCCAUUUAAAUAAAAAAUUCAAAUAAAUGAUGAUUAAGACAUUUUUGUGAAUAAUUGUUAUGAAGUUAACGAGUUUUGCAAUUACAUACCAUAAUUACGUAUUUUAAUUCAAUCAUCGGUAGAUGCUUUUUAUUCUAACAACAAAUCUGUUAAAUCAAUAUUCGUCUAUUGUGCGCCCUGUACGUGUCGAAACUGCAGUCGUUUAUUAAGCAGACAAUUUAUAGACGCGUCUUAACAUCAAGUUAAUAAUAGUUAAUAGAAUUUGAAAUAUAGAAAAUGUGUCUCUGCCUUGGACCAUUCAAAUCGGGCAAAACUCUCCUAAUGAAAAGUCUCCAAGGAGACGAGAUCGAUGACGCAACUCAUACUGUGCCUACCAACGGAAUAAAUAUAUACACUGUAAAAAAUGAUACUGGCGAAUUCGAUAUGGUGAUUAAAGAAAUUGGCGGCAAUAUGGCACCAAUAUGGAAACACUAUUUUGAUAAGAUUCAUAAAAUAAUCUACGUGGUGGAUACGAGUAAUCUAUGCCAAAUAAGUGCAGCAGGUGUUCUGCUUUAUUCGUUCCUCGUGGAACCGAGACUACAAAACGUGAAAAUCGCGCUUAUUUUAAACAAAAUGGAUGUUUCAUAUCGUCAGAUGAGAAACGAAGCUUUGCUGAUGCUACAAUACGCGCGUUUACAGAAAGAAAUAACUCAGAAGAUCACUGUGCUGGAGACCAGCGGUAUGACAGGCCAAGGAAUAGAGAGUUUACGCAGCUGGUUAUUCGAUCCUGAAACGCUGCAGGCUACGCUCAAGGCUAAUAGAUAGGCAACGAUUGUCAUUGCACGAGAAAGAACAAAACUUAAAAUGUAUCAUCCUUUUUAUUUACACACUCGAACUUACAAAGAUACAAAGACAUUAUUCUACAAAUCCUCGAGCAUCCUUGAAAAUAAUUCAUUAACGAAUAUUAUUGUAUAUUACUUCUACGAUCGAGUCUAAAAAAAUACUGCGACGGAUGCUAACGCACAACUGAACAUUGAUAUGAAUCUUCACACAAUACUUACAAAUGUUAAAGAAA